AUGGCAGAGACAGCACAGGAGCAGCAGCAGCUGCGUGAGCUGCUUCAAGCUGCCCUGGACCCUUCCAAGGCAAAGGCAGCAACCGAGCAGUUGCGUCAGCUGUUGCAGCAGCAGCAGCAGCCGGCUGUGUACCUGCUCUUAGCAGAAGAGGUUCUCAGAGGAGAGAAGGAGGAGACGAGACAACUUGCCGCUGUCCUACUGAGACGCAAGGCCGCAAAAUUUUUUAGCUCUCUGCAGCCUAACCAACAGUCCGAGUUCACGGAGUCUCUGGUGGGGCGCCUUGGCUGCGAGCCUUCAAAGCCCGUACGCCAUUCAUUAGGUCAUCUGCUGGCUGCUCUGCUGCGGCUCCCGCAAUUCGACGAGGCGAAAACUAAGCAUGUGCUGCAGCUACUGGCUGCUCCCAUUCUAGAGCAGCAGCAGCCGCAACUGCAGGUGGCAGCAGUGGAAGUCUUUGCAGCGUAUGUCGAGAGCGGAGAUGGCACUGAGACCUUCUUUGAUGAGUUGCUCCACAUCUUCCAGCAAGCUCUGACCAUCAGCAACAACAACCCAGCCCUAGCCGGCCCGGCACUCGAGGGUCUUAGAGGCCUUGCGGAAGACGCCGUGGAGCCUUCUCAGCAAAAGAAGCUAUUUGCUCUGCUUCCCGGUGUGACCGCUGUCAUAGAGAAGGCCUUCCAGCCUGAAGGCGAUGAGAGUGUAGCCAUGGGGGCCUUGGAACUUAUUGACGACUUGCUAUGCAAUGAUUUGGUGCUGUCCGAGUCGGAGCUUCUCUCGGUGCUGCAUUUUCUGUUGGGAAUUGCCGCACGGCCUGCGCUGGACGUUGGUGUCAGGCAGCAGGCCCUCGCUCCCAUACACUGGGCAGCCAAGCAGAAGCCUCGAGUGCUCUGCAAAGGGGGUUUUGUGCCCAAGCUGUUAGAUGUGCUGGUGGAGAUGGCCGCACAGCCGGACGAACCGGGCUGUGCCGUGUUAGAGGAUGAGGAUGACGAAGACGAGGAGCUGAACCCCCACAGACUUGCGUGCCAGACGGUGGAUGCCAUAGCUGUGGCGUUGCCCAACAAACACAUAUGCAAGCCUCUCCUGCAGCGACUAGAGGCGUACAUACACCCCACGGCUCCCCGAACGCCAGAACAAGAGGUCCUGCAGCAGCGCGCAGCUCUUACCUGUAUUGGCAUCAUGAGCGAGGGAUGUGAGGCUGCGCUGAGAGGGAAGCUGAAGGCCUUCAUGCCCUUUCUCAUUCCCCUGCUGCAACACAGUCACCCAGCCGUUGCUGCAGCCGCAGCACUGUGCUUCGGACAAUUCGCUGAGUACCUACAGCCCGAGAUCAUGCAAUAUCAAUCUCAGGUGCUUCCGUUGCUACUGCAGCAGCUGGACAACCCUAACCGUUUAGUACAGCAUAAGGCAUGCUACGCCCCAAGCGAUAGCGUGCGAGAGGUUUGCCUAAGCGCUAUUCGUUCUGCGGCUGUUGCAAGUGUAGCCGAAGAGGAUGACGGCGAAGCACGACCCCAGGGGACUCCCCGCCCUUUCGACCCGUAUGCUGCCGAUCUGUUCCGAUUGCUGGAAGAUAUUAUACGGUCUCCGACAGUACCAAGGGGCAAUUCAGGAGGAGCAGGCACGGCUGCAGCGGGAUGCUCCCCAGCCACUAAGGCCCGAGCAAUCGGAGUUAUUGGGGGCCUGGUAAAAGGUUUAUCUCCUCAGUGCUACCAGCAACAGCUCCGACAGCUGUUGCAGCUCGUGGUGCAGCAGGUCGACGGCGGGGAGGGCCAGGGAGAGGCGGCGCAAGAGUCUGCACACGAGAUUAGGGACGAAGCUUUUGCCUGCUUCCGAGACGUCUCUUCUGCGCUCAAGGAAGAAUUUGUACCAUUCCUUGAGGACGUAAUGGUGCGGGUAUUGGCCUCUCUGUUCAGCAGCGAGGGUUUCACAAGCCCAGAGGAGCCUGGCGAUUUUGACUUGGGGGACAGCGGAGACGAGAGCACUGGGGCAGGCAGGGAAUUACAAAUUAGAGACGGCUAUCUUGACGAGCUGGACUCGGCGGCUUUCUGCUUGCGUUCCUUGUGGGAGAACUGCGGAGGUCACUGCAUGAAGUAUCUCCAAAAGACCUGCGAGGCGAUAGAAGUCCUAAAAACACAUUUCCACGACGCUGCAAGGCAGCAAGCCAGCUUCCUUAUUGCUGCGGUGCUGUUGGCAGCCCACAAGACUCUGGCAAACCCACAGGAGCAGCAUUCGCAGCAGCAGGCGCAAGGCACCGUCCAGUGCAUGCAGCCUCACGUGCUGCAGUUGUGGAAGACCCAGCUGUACCCCCUUCUCUUUGCCAUCAUCAGCGAGGAUGUGGAUAAGGAGACAGUGGGUGACGCAUUUUCUGCGUUGGGGACGGUUCUUGAGGGAGUGGGGCCAGCGGCAAUAUACAGCGCGGAGCAGCGGGAGAGUCUAUUGCUGCAGUGCAGCAAUUUGCUGCGUGGCAAACAUAUAUGCCAGCUUAAUCAAGAUGUCGAUGAAGAUGACGACUCUCGUCAGGAGGAGGAGUAUCUGUUUGAGGGUCUUGUUGCCUUCCUUGCCGCCCUUGCAGCUGCAGCUUCUCAAGCCACAGCAGCAGUUGCUGCAACAGUGGCAGACCCAGCAGCAGCAUCCGUAGCGCAAGCAGCAGCAGCAAACUGCAACAUUGACACUUUUUGCUCAGCGUACACUCAGCUGCAUCCGCACAUCCUCGCACUCGCUGCUCACAAGCACUCGAAGACAUACGCCGCCAUUGGCCUUGGCUGCUUUGCCGAGGUGUUUAGAGAGAUGCAGGGCUCAGCAGUGCAGUACGCAGAGUCCCCUGCCGUUCUAAAAGCUGUGGGCAGUGGCAUCUCUCAAGAGGAAGAUGAGGACUGCAGGAGAAACGCCUGCUUCUGUCUCAGCGUUAUAUACGAGGUCGCAGGCUCCUCGCCAGCAGUAAACAGCAAAUCGAUGGAGCUUUUACAGCUAAUGCACCCAAUCUUCAGGCCCCGAGACGACCUGAACAAGUCGGAGCAAAGCACCGUGGACAAUGCAUGCUCAGCUGUUGCAUCGAUGCUGUUGCAUGCUCCCCCAUCAGGACUUCCCAUGGGUGAUGUAGUCCGCGUUUUCCUCUCUUCUCUACCACUUCAAGCAGACAGAGAGGAGAGCAAGACAGUCUUACAGGCUCUUCUACACCUCGCCGCGACCCAGUCGGAUAUCGUGUUACAAAACUCAGAGCAGUUCAUGUUUGCUUGCGCGUGCGAGGCUUCCUUUCCUGGUGCCGCCCGCCGCAUAGGCUCCGAGUUGACUGCUUCAGCACAGCAGCUACUGCAAGAGAUGUGUAAAAACCCGCAGUUGCCCUCAGGGACCCUGGAUGCUCUCGCUACCCGCCUGCAAAGUAAACCAUAUGCUCUGGCCUUCUUAAGGCAGUGA